AUGACGCUUGCUGAGGACAACACCUAUCUGUAUAUCCGCCACCAUCACAGAAAUUUUUGUCAUAUCGAUGUUCUCGAGAUUCUGCCUUACUUGUCCUGCCUCACACCAAGUGACCAGGAUCGGCUUCGGGCCUCCUACACACGCAUAGGGAACCGUGACACUCUCUGGGACCUCUUCAAUAGCCUUAGGCGGCGAAGCGGCUGGGUAGAUUCCUUCAUUGGGGCACUGAGGGCCUGUGAGCUGUCUGUUCUUGCUGAAGAAGUGGCCCGUGUCUACGAGAGCAACCUGCCCCGAACUCCAAAUCACCCCUCAGCCCCAAAGGAGCCGUUGCCAGUCACUUCUGAGGUUCCAAGGCCUGCUGCAGCCCCCAGCGUCCCCCACAAUGGCUACAGAGAGGAUGAGCCAAGUUAUCCUUUGCCUGUCCAGGACACUCAGCUGCCAGAGUCCCUGGGGGAGAGUUCAGAGCAAGCCCCACAGACACCCAGCUCAGGGGCUAUCCCAAGGAGGCCAGCUGGGACCCUGGAGCCCUCCUCUGAUACAGCGACCCUCAGCUCUGUAACUUCCAGCAGGCACCAGGAGCAGGACACAGAACUGGGCAGAACCCACAAAGCAGGCAUGGUCUCCAGCCCCACAUCACCCUGUGGGCCUGUGUCUCCGUCCGUCUCCUUCCAGCCCCUGGCCCGCUCCACCCCCAGAGCAAGCCGCUUGCCUGGACCUCCAGCGUCAGCUCCAUCCACUGGCACCUCCUCCUUCACACCCACUGGCUUGCCUUCUGCAGGUGGUGCUGGUGACCAGGCUGAGGUUACCUUCUGCUCCAGUGAGACAGGGGUACCUACCAACUCUGUAACUACCAGCACAGCACUCACCAAAGUGCCUACCAACUCAGCACCCAUCAGCACAGCACCCUCCAACAAGUUGCCCACCAGUGUGAAGCCCCCUGGUACAAUGCCCUCUAAUGUGCAUUCAUCCAAAUUGCCCACCAACUCAAUGCGUGUUGGCACAGUGCCAUCCAAAGUGUCCACUGGCUUGGGGUCUGACCACAGGAUGCCCACUAGCAUGGUUUCCAACAAGGUGCCCAUCAACACAGUGUCCAUCAGCAGGAACAGCAGUAGACCAGAGGAGACCCCAGCAGCUACAGCACCUGUGAGCCCUGGAGGCAGCUCUCUCUGGCCAGACAGCACGUUGGCCUCAGGGCUGGAGCUGAGCAAGCCAGAGGAGCUGGUAUCCCACGUGGUCAGCCAGCCGUUCUCAGGCAUCUCUGAGGAGCUAGCCAUCAGCCGCAGCGACUCCCUAGAUGCAAGGCCCAGCAACAUCCCAGAGGAAGACGAGUAUGUGUCCAGCUCUGUGGGCUCUUUUGGGCUCCACGUGAGCAAAGACCCCAGUGUUAACCUCCUGGAUGACAACCCUGGAGUGCUUGCUGCCCCACAGCCCCUGGUGCAAGAGGUGCUGGAGCAGGAGGAACCAUGUCCAUGUGUCUACACCUUCCCCUGGGCUCCGUGGUUUGGGGCGGCUACAGCUGGCGUACUCCUGGCCGUGCUGCUGGCAGUGCUAUACCGGCAGCGCCUACUCAAGUGA